ACAUUGAAUUUACAUUAUAUUAAACAGUAAUGGAGGGAAAUGAAGAAGACGAAAACCUAGAAAAACUUCCAAACCUCUUUUCAUCCGACCCGAAUGAACGAAAACUCGCCCGACAGCUCAGAAUUCAAAGACGUUUGGAGGCCUUAAAAAAGCAACAAAUGGAAGCGGAACACGGAGAUGUCGAGGACGAAGAGGUCAAAAACACGGUCCAACAGCAAAUCCUCAAAAGCUACGAACUGAUGGAGAAGUACAUCCAAAACUCGGAGGAGUACAUAACCAACGUGCGAAUGAUCAACGACGCCAGAGAAGUGAGCCGUCGCGAACGCGAAGGCCUCAGCAACGAGAAAAUCAUACAGCGUCUGGAGGAGGAGGCGGAAGAUGCGAAGACGAAAUUCGACGAAAUAGCGGCCAAGUGGUCCGACAUAAUGGAGUACAAGGACCCGAUGGACAUACGCGACGCCAUCCAGGAGCAGAAGGAGGCCGGCGACGUGCUGAUCGCGCAGAAGGACGAGUUCAUCGAGAUGCUGAAGUCGCAGCUCAGGAACGCCGAACAGGAUUUCAUGUUGGAUCAGCGCAAGCAAAACGAAGACAUCAGCACAUUGGCCAAGAGGAUCGAGACGCAGGUCAUAUUCAUGAGGAAGAUGUACAACCAGGAGUUGAUGCACGUGGUGCAGGCCUUGGAUGCGGAAAGGAAGCGGUUGAGGGAGGAGGCCCAGAAACGCUGGGACGCCUUGUACGAGGAACGGGACGCGCAGGAGCUGAAGACGUAUGAAGACAAGGAGGCCUCCUUGGAGCGGUUCCACGAGCAGACCAACCUGCUCAGAAUCGACUUUCAGGAAAUCUAUCGAGCCACCAAAAUUAGAAUAGAACGAGAAAUUGAAGAGCUACAGAAACAAUUGGAGAGCAUCAAAGCCCUAACUUUGCUCAACAACGAAAAACUAGACUAUAAUUAUCAAAUAUUGAAGAAACGUGAGGAUGAAAACAUCAAAAUCAAGUCGCAGCAGAAACGCAGGAUCAACAAGUUAAGGGACGUCGUCAUAGCUCUAAGGAAGAAGAACCACGAAUACGAAGAGAACUCUCUAAACAUGAUCAAAAAACUUGAGGAUGAGAUCAAGAAGUUGAACGUUUGCAUCUUGGAGGUGGAAUCAAAAGCUGAUCACUUCGCCAUCAUCAACGACAAAAAGUUCCACAUGGUUCUGGAGAUGAACAAGAAGGAGGCCGAGAAAGUUUUGAGACGUAUUCAAGAGGUGGACAAAAUUUUACACGCCCAACAAAUGGGGGAGGAGUGGCAACCUUUCGAGGUCAACUUACGGUUCGUCUACUACGACAAAUUGAGGAACAGACGGGACAGCUCAGCUAAACUGACCACUCAAACCAAAGACCAAGACGAUGAGUCGUUGACGUCGGCAGUUUUGUCUACAGAAGCACUUAGCACAAAGAAAACUGCCAGCAUGAUGCUGGACUGGAAACAAACCACAGACUCAUCUCAAUAUUGCAGCUUGGUGAAGAAGAUUUUGUACAAAGUUGCUGACCACACUGGAUUUCUGACCGAGGAGAAGCUGAUGAAGGUGUUGGAACCUUAUAUUGAUGUACAGAAGUGCAUCGUCGGCUUAGAUACUACUUUUGAGGCUCUUGGCGUUAACAACAAGGACGACAUAGAUUUGUUGGUGCAGUGUUUCCUGCCUUACACCUACUGCGUUAUUUGCCAGGAGGACGAGAAAAAGCUGGAAAGUGAACAAUUUUUGGACGACAGUACUUCGUUCUACAGCCAGGAAAGCUUUCACAAACUUCCCAACAUCCAAGACAUGAUGGGACAGGAGGAGUUCAACGAGUCGGCCAUCACCAACGCCAUUUGGGAGCCGGACCAAACCUACACGGAAUUCGUGUUGGACAACGUGGAGGAAGGUGAACUGGAGGACCUCAGCGAGUUCCAGGAGGUGAUGGAAAAAAACUCACUGUACUCAGUCCACACAGAAACCACGGCCAUACAAUCGACCAAAAGCGCCAGGUUCAAGGAGAUGAAACCUCAGGACUCGAUGAAGAAUCCGGCGCAGAUGAACGUGCUGGAGUGCGCCAUGAAACAUCCCCUAAGCAUCAGCCCCGUUCACGUGUUGACCGCCCUGAAGAAGUUCGUCGAGGCGUUUUACUCGGGCAACAACCAGAUCAUCAAGUUAACGAUGCAGGACCGGCUGAGCAACAAACGUGAGACCAUCUCCAGACAAAUACCCAGCAUCGAAAUCAAAAAAUUCUGGGCCAGGUACAAAAAUGCGUUCCCACAGGAAAAGCAGGCGUUGUGGAGCGCCCUUUUGGCCGGCCUGAAGAAGUACCACGAGAUCCUGAAGAAGAGGAAGAUGUUGAGCGUCGAGGUGGUGCAGCUUCGUCAGCAAAACAAGGAGUUGAAGCAGAUUUUGGCUAACUACAUCCACCACGGGAAGGCCAUGGCGCCACCUUGCGGCGAGGACUCAACGAAGAAGACAAGAACCAGAAAGAAGUGUGUUUAUAAGGUUGUUAAAGAGUGAAAUAUACAAUUUAUUAUUAAA